GCGCGCUAGACGUCCACCCAGAGCUGGACCGCUACUGGCGGCCGCCUGCAGCCCUCUGCAUCCUCAGCCUCCCUCCUGGGUCCCAGUGCACGUGUGGGUCACACACAUCCUUCGGGGGUGUUUGCAAAGUCCUUUCCAGAUGAGAGCUGUGUGAUGCAUGAAGCUUGAAUUUGCUCAAACAAGUCAGACUCUUCACCAAGUUAAGCCCAGUUAGUUCUCGGGACUGGGAUGGAAGAGUCAGCACCAGUGGAAAGCCAGGGUCAGCUCCCAAGCCCCCACCAUGGCUCACUGAGGAGGGCAGUGGCUGCUGCCCUGGCCCUGGAUGGAGAAUCCACAAUGAGCCGCAGGAAGAAGAAGAGGAAAGAGUCUCGUCCAGAAUCCAUCAUCAUCUACCGGUCAGAUAAUGAGAAAACGGAUGAUGAGCCUGAAGAAUCAGAAGGUGGAGAUCGGCCUAAAGAGGAGGAAGGGGAGGACUUCCUGGACUAUCCUGUAGACGAUGGUGUAUGGAACAUGCCUCUGGACAGCCACUACGUCACGCUAACCGGGACCAUCACACGAGGGAAGAAGAAGGGUCAGAUGGUGGAUAUCCACGUUACUCUGACAGAGAAGGAGUUGCGGGAACUGACCAAACCAAAGGAGCUGUCAAGGGAAGCAGCACCUGAGGGAAGAAGGGCCUGCCAGGUCGGGGCAGCCCAGGGGCCACAUGUGGUCCUCUGGACACUGGUCUGCCUACCUGUGGUCUUUGUCCUUUCUUUCGUCGUCUCUUUCUACUAUGGCACCAUCACCUGGUACAACAUCUUUCUUGUGUACAACGAGGAGAGGACCUUCUGGCAUAAGAUUUCCUGCUGUCCGUGCCUCAUUCUCUUCUAUCCAGUGCUCAUCAUGGUCAUGGCCUCUUCCCUGGGGCUCUAUGCCGCCGUGGUCCAGCUCUCAUGGUCCUGGGGGGCAUGGUGGCGAGCUGCCUGUGACAUGGAGAAAGGCUUCUGUGGCUGGCUCUGCAGCAAGCUGGGGCUCGAGGACUGUUCUCCCUAUAGCAUUGUGGAACUGUUGGAGUCUGAUAACAUCUCAGGCAGCCUCUCCAACAAGGACCCCAUCCAGGGAGUAGAAACCUCUACUGUCUAAACCGCCAGUGACUUCCUUUCCAGGCCCUAGUAGUCCAUAGGUAUUCUACAGUUCUAGCAGGUUCAUUCCUUAAACUGCCCAGUCCCCUCCACAGUCCUAGAAGAUGCCAGCUCGCACUG